AUGUUCGCGGAGCAGCUUCUUUGCGACCUCGAAGCCAAGGCCAGUGUUGCCACCUGUGAUGAGGACGACCUCUUUAUCUUUCGCUGCCAGGGUACCGCAGGACGGGAGCAAGAGCUCAAGACCCGGGGCGUGGUGGAGGCUGCGCAGGACCCGGACAGCAAGGUCGAUGCCGCCGACGCGGAGAAGGCGAUCGUGGACAAUGCUCGCGCUGCCGGAGCUGCAGCCUUCGAAUUCGACCCCAAUGCCAGCCCCGAAGAGAAGGCGCGACAGGCGCGAGAGGUAUGCUCUGAAGGUCGAGUUGACAUUAUUGUGUGCAGCACCACUAACAAAAUGGGCGCACAGGCCGCAGGCCCAUCAUUUCACAGAAAGCACCAGGUAGCAGCAUUGGUCACAGACGCCGACGACGGCAACGAUGCUGGCUACGACUUGCCACCGCCGACCACACAGGGCGCUGUUACACCGCCGACCCCUACCGCCGACGCCAAUGGCAAUCUUGUUAAGGGAACUGAGGAUGAAUACUCCCAAGUUGGUUGGGCGCCCAGAUUUGGAAAUCCUGCCGAUAAGGAGGAUAUGCUCCCACAAGAUCACCAGACAUUUCUCGAAGGUAAACUCGACGACAAGUUCUUUGGUGACUGGUACCAUGAUGCUGCUGUCAUCAUCUUUGCCUGCCUGGCAUCCUGGACUAUCGCCGUGCUUGGAGGAGGUCUAGGCUGGAUAUUCAUCCUCAUGACGGCUUGUGGCACAUACUAUCGAACCUCCAUCCGACGCGUACGAAGAAAUGUGAGAAGUGAAGUUCGGGCAGAGAUCGAAAAGAACACACUGGAGACGGAUGUGGAAACACUUGGCUGGAUGAACAACUUUAUGUCCAAGUUCUGGCCAAUCUACGCGCCAAUUCUGUGCAAGUCGAUUAUUGCUUCGGUCGACCAGGUUCUCAGCACAUCCACACCAGCUUUUCUCGACAGCAUGCGAAUGAAGUCCUUCACGCUCGGCACGCAACCUCCUCGAUUCGAGCAUGUCAAGACGUAUCCAAGAGCAGAAGACGAUUUGGUGAUCAUGGAUUGGAAGUUCAGCUUCACACCUAAUGAUACGACUGACUUGACUGCGAGGCAGAUCAAGCUCAAGAUCAACCCGAAAGUGGUGCUUGAGAUCCGAGUCGGCAAAGCCAUGAUCUCCAAGGGCUUGGACGUGAUUGUUGAGGAUAUGGCUUGCUCUGGUAUCAUGCGUGUCAAGAUGAAGCUGAUGCUCGAUUACCCGUUCGUUGAACGCGUGGAGAUCUGCUUCCUCGAAAGGCCACACAUCGACUACGUGUGCAAGCCCCUCGGUGGUGAUACACUCGGUUUCGACAUCAACUUCAUCCCAGGCCUCGAGACUUUUAUCCAGGAGCAGAUUCACGCCAAUCUGGGACCUAUGAUGUACGCCCCGAACGUCUUCCCGAUCGAACUCGCGAAGAUGUUGGCAGGUUCCGCUGUUGACCAGGCCAUUGGUGUCUUGCAGAUCCAAUUCCAUGGAGCACAGGGCCUGAAGAAUCCGGACAGGUUUUCUGGCACUCCAGAUCCGUACGCGACGGUCUCGGUCAAUAAUCGCGAAGUGCUUGCCAAAACCAAGACUGUGUAUGAGAAUGCUAACCCAAGAUGGAACGAGACUGUCAACAUUAUUCUCACUAGUCUGCGAGACCAGCUUACCAUUACCCUGUUCGACUACAACGAAUACCGCAAGGACAAGGAACUCGGCGUAGCCUCAUUCAACUUGGAACAGCUCGAAAAAGACCACGAUUUCGAGAACCAAAAUCUGGAAGUCAUUGUGAACGGUCGUCCACGUGGUCAGGUUCAGUGCGACAUCCGCUUCUUCCCAGUCCUCGAGGGCCAGAAGCUCGCAGACGGUAAGGUCACAGAACCGCCAGACAUGACCACUGGAAUUGCCAAGUUCACUGUUGUCCAAGCAAAGGACCUAGAUGGUAGCAAGUCUAUGAUUGGGGCGCUGAACCCGUAUGCUGUCCUCCUGCUUAAUGGGAAGGAGGUCCAGAUAUCGCGAAAGCUGAAGAGGACAAACAACCCCGUCUGGGACAAUGCCACCAAGGAAAUGCUCAUCACUGAUCGUAAGAAGGCCAGGCUGGGCUUGGUGAUCAAGGACGACCGCGAUCUGGCAACAGACCCAAUCAUUGGAUCCUACCAGAUCAAGCUUACCGACCUCUACGACUUGACGAAGAAAGGACAGGAGUGGUAUAAUCUGUCCGGCACCAAGAGCGGUCGUGCUCAGAUGAAGCUUGAGUGGAAGCCUGUCGCAUUGAAGGGCUCUGCCGCUGGUAAUGGCUACGUUGAUCCGAUCGGUGUCAUGCGUUUCCACUUCCAGUCUGCAAAAGACUUGAAGAACUUCGAGACUCUCGGCAAAUCUGAUCCAUAUGCCAGAGUUAUGUUAUCUGGCAUCCAAAAAGGCAGGACCGUGACCUUCAAGAACAACCUCAAUCCUGAAUGGGAUGAAGUAUUUUACGUGCCAGUGCAUUCUACGCGCGAACAGCUUGUUGUCGAGGUCAUGGACGAAGAGAGUCUUGGCAAAGAUCGCACUUUGGGCCAGAUUGAAAUCGCUGCUGCCGACUAUAUCCACCAGACUGAGACCGGCGAGUAUGCAGUCCAUGAUUCGAAGCUUGAUGUGAUAACCUCGCAACUCCGCAUCGGCCAGGGCACACCGAAGGGCAUACUCAAUUUCACUGUCGCCUUCUACCCGACCUUGAACGUUGUCGAUCCUGAGGAAGAUGAUGAAGAGAAGAAAGCCGAGGCCGAAGCGGAAGCGGCAGCGGAAGCACAGGCUGCUGGACGCGUGAGCGUUGACGGUUCGCGCAAGAGCGUCGAAGGCGUAAAUGGUUCAACCACGCCGACUGGACCGCAGCGGAACGGCACUGUUGGUACCAUCAGCAGUCUGCGGCCAGAAUCUACGAAAAGCAAAUCCGAAGAGGUAGAAAUGCGAAAAGCACUUGCCGACGGCGAAAAAGAGCAGACCGAGACAGCAGCGGUGGCUGUACCAGAAGUCCCUAAGAUUCGGCUGGGUGCAGAGGAUCUGGUUCAAUAUGAAUCUGGUCUUAUCGUGUUCACAAUUCACGAGGGAGAGCUAGCACAAACUGGCAGCUAUCUGCAAGUGCUCAUUGAUGACAUGAAGUAUCCUGCGUGGCAAAGCGCAAAGACGAAAAGUCGGACGCACAAUUUCAACGAGACUGGUGACGCCAUGAUCCGAGAAUUAGACUUGUCUCGCAUAACUUUGCGUAUUGUCUCUGAUACUGACAUCAAGGACGACAAGGACGAUGACAUCAAGGCCAAGCUUUCUGGAAGCACAUUGGAGACCCUCAAACGGUGCCUAUACACGCCCGCUGUGAUCACCAUCAAAGAUCCACAUGGCCACUCCAACAACAUCAAAGUUUCCAUGCGAUAUUUGCCCGUAAAGAUGCAGCUUGACCCGAGCGAGUCCUUCAACAACCAAGGCAACCUGCGCGUGGAAGUGCUUGAUGCUUCUGACUUGCCAGCUGCAGAUCGCAAUGGCUACUCUGAUCCAUUCUGCCGCUUCGUGCUUGAUGGCAAGGAGGUGUACAAGACUAACAAGCAGAAGAAGACUCUGCAUCCCUCUUGGAACGAGUUCUUUGAAGUGCCAGUACGCAGCCGAACAGCUGCCAAAUUCGAGGUCAAUGUAUACGACUGGGACUUUGGCGAAAAGGCAGACUUCCUGGGAGCUGCAGCCAUCAAUCUGGCUAUCCUCGAGCCCUUCCAGGCUCAGGAAGUCAUCUUGAAUCUCGACGGCAAGAGCGGCGCGAUUCGUCUCAAGAUGCUCUUCAAACCAGACUACAUUACUCGCUCCCGACAAGGAUCUUCGACAUUCAGCGGUACUUUCGCGGCGCCGGGCAAGAUCAUUGGAGCUCCAGUAAAGGGUGUAGGCAAGGUUGGGACAGGCAUAUUCAAAGGCGCCACAUUCGUCGGGCGAGGCUUCAAGCGAAGGACAGUCAGUGCCAAUCUCAGCCCCGGUGGUGAGAAUGGCACAGCCAACAUUAGCAUCCUGAAUGCAUCUGGUUACCCCGAAGACGUCAAGCUGGAAAUCCAUGUGUAUCAAGGCAGCAAGGAAGUGCUGAAGACGAAAGCAAUCAAGGCCAAGAACGGCUCCGCAGAAUGGGAAGACGAGCAGAAGCGGCUUGAAUGCAACGCCGCAGCACCAUUGAAGCUCAUUGUGAAGAAUGACAAGACUUUCAAGGACGAAGUGCUGGGAGAGAGCACUUUCUAUGUCAAUGACCAGGCUGGUGGCGGCGAGCGACGAAUUCAAUGUGGCGAAGGCACAGUCACUAUUCGCACUUCAUUCCAAGCUGCUGAAGCCCGUAGCCUGGCUCCAAGCCAAUCACCGGGAGGCAAACCCAAAGGCUUCGGGCGACUCAUGAGCCGACGAGAGCGCAGCGUUCCGCCGUCCAACUAGGACCAGGACGAGCCAAAGCUGAAGCGCUCAGGCACACACAAGCUGAAGGAGCGCGCAAAGACAUUACUUCGCCGCCCGAACAAGGGAUCUUCGCUGCGAAGAGAUUCAAGCCAGCUUAGCUUGGCCUCUGCCGCGACUAUGCCUCCUCUUCCCACGGCGUGGAGAGACAAACGGCGAGAUUCUGCAGUGAGCAGCGACAAUUCGACAUUGAGAUUUGAUGACUUUGGAUCAAAAGGGGGGAAAAGGGGUUCUUUUGCUGAUACGGAAUCAGCUGAUACAUAAUGUUCUUGUUACAUGUGCUGCGUGCAAGCAGGCGCGGCCUGGGGAAAGUCUUGAUUUUAAGGGCGAGAUGGGACCUGUGAGAUACCACUAUGCGCGUAUAAAGCGACAGUUUCUUCUUGAAUGUGGUUUUCCUGCUUGUAGCUAGUUCGCCUCUUCGAAAUGCUGCUAACCUUUAACAGUGAUAUGUAGUUUUUGAAGUGGAUCAGGUCCGUGCGUCUACC